GGGGGCGGCUUGGCGUCAGUUUUUCCCGUCUGGAGUCUGACGCACUCCGCCAGCCAAUAAGCUCAUGUAGCACUUCGGCGCCCGUGCCCGCUGUGGAGGCAGGAUUUCUUUAAAUAAAAAUGGCAGAUGUUGUCGAAGGAGACGGCACUCGCUCCGCUACCCCUUCCGCGCUUCAUUCGGCGGCUCGCAACGGAUCCGGCAUGAGCGCGGGGACCUGCGCCGGGGGCCUCGUCGCGACCACGGUCACCUCCGGGCCGCGGCUGGUCCGCAUCGUCAAGUCGGACUCGGGCUACGGAUUCAACGUCCGCGGGCAAGUCAGCGAAGGAGGGCAACUGAGGAGCAUCAACGGCGAACUUUACGCCCCGUUGCAGCACGUUAGCGCCGUGUUACCUGGCGGCGCAGCAGACCGAGCCGGGAUCUCAAAGGGCGAUCGUAUUCUUGAAGUAAAUGGGGUGAAUGUGGAAGGGGCCACUCAUAAGCAGGUGGUGGAUCUCAUUCGAGCGGGAGAGAAGGAGUUGGUCCUGGCCGUCCUGUCGGUUCCGCAGCCAGAAACAGACAGUCUUGAUCCUGGAGACGAUGGCUCAUCACAGUCCUGCUAUGACUACAGCGACAAGCAGGCCGUGCCUAUCUCUGUGCCCACUUACAAACACGUGGAGCAGAGUGGGGAGAAGUUUGUUGUCUACAACGUGUACAUGGCAGGCAGGCAGUUAUGCUCGAAGCGCUAUCGGGAGUUUGCCAUCUUGCAUCAGAAUCUGAAGAGGGAAUUUGCCAACUUUGCGUUUCCUAAGCUGCCAGGGAAAUGGCCUUUCUCCCUGUCUGAGCAACAGCUAGACGCUCGCAGACGAGGCCUGGAGGAAUACUUGGAGAAAGUAUGCUCUGUUCGGGUAAUCGGGGAGAGCGACAUCAUGCAGGAGUUUCUGUCGGAGUCUGAUGAGAACUAUAAUGGCGUUUCGGAUGUGGAGCUAAGGAUAGCCAUGCCAGACAAAACUACAGUUACGGUCCGAGUGCGAAAGAAUUGCACAACAGACCAAGUCUACCAGGCGGUAGUAACAAAGAUUGGGAUGGACAGCAUUACUGCAAGUUAUUUUGCUCUGUUUGAAGUCAUUAACCACACUUUUGCACGCAAACUGGCUCCAAACGAGUUUCCCCAUAAGCUGUAUGUGCAGAACUACACGUCUGCUGUCCCAGGCACCUGUCUAACACUCCGCAAGUGGCUUUUCACCACAGAAGAAGAGAUUCUGCUCAACGACAAUGAGCUGGCCAUAAACUACUGCUUUCAUCAGGCUUUGGAUGAUGUGAAAAAGGGAUUCAUCAAAGUGGGAGAGAAAUCCUACCAACUCCAAAAGCUCACUGAACAGAGGAAAAUGACCAUGUAUUUAAGUAUUCUGAGGACCUGUGAAGGCUACAAUGAGAUCACUUUUCCACACUGCUCCUGUGACUCUCGCAGGAAAGGUCAUGUGAUCACAGCGAUAAGCAUCCACCACUUUAAACUUCACGCCUGCACAGAAGACGGCACUCUAGAGAAUCAGGUGAUUGCGUUCGAUUGGUCCGAGAUGCAGAGAUGGGACACGGAUGAAGAGGGAAUGGCUUUUUGUUUUGAGUAUGCAAGAGGAGAGAAGAAGCCACGUUGGGUCAAAAUCUUCACUCCAUAUUUCAACUACAUGCACGAGUGCUUCGAGAGAGUCUUCUGCGAGCUCAAAUGGAGAAAAGAGGUUGAAGAGGAGGCCACAGACAAGGACAACAAGAACUGCAGUAAAGAUGGUAUGUGCGGUAAGAAUAUCUUCCAGCUGUUGAGACACAGAAGGGAUGGAGGCACAUGAACGAAGAGAUCAUCUCCUCCUCCUGAUUUUCUCAAGUACAUGCACACCAACACUAAACGCAGAGACAUUUCAGGAAAACAUUUCAGCCCCUUACACUUACACACACACACACAUACUGAAAUAUGAAGCAGGAUAUGUCAACCACAGUGCAACCAUGAACAUAAGAAACUACAAGAGACUUUUAUAGACUUGCGCCGUUGUUUGAUUUCAUUGGACUUGACAGGAAAAGCGAUUGACGUGGACAUCACCUGUCAUGUGACUGGUCUUCAGAUGCAGCAAACUGAGGAGCCGCCCAGACAUGUGCGCCUCUCAGAAUGUAUCCAUUUACAAAAACAAAUGAACAUGCGAAGAUGAAAAAAAAGCAAAAACCAUUGCUACAUUUUCCACUCGGACAAUCAGAGUGAGAGAGGGAAAGAGAAAAGGAGCCAGUAGAAACGAGAUCAAUACUUUCCAUGCUUUUCCCCACACUAGUUUGUCUCUUACCUCACUAUUGCCACUGUGUUGGUGGUAGGUUUGUACAGAUUUUUCAGCCCUUUGGCUGAACUGAGGUUUUUAAUUUAAUUUUGGUUUCGUUUAUUUUAUUAUUUUUUUUGGGAUGAUCUCAUCCUUCUCUUAUUCUCCAAAGCAGUAUUUGAUUAUAUUAGCAACCGCCAGGCCCAGAUGCAGUUUCUGCAUAAAACUUAAUGGACAUUUAUUUGUCCAUGUGUAAUGUGUGGGUCAAUAACAUGACACUCCUUUUUUAUUAUUAUUUAUUUUCAAUAUGGUAAAAAUGCAAUGUUCAUGUGGACAGACAUUUAAUACAGCUCUUUAUGAUGAAGAAAAAUGAAAUCCGACAUUAUUAUUCUGCCUUUAUGUACUAUUAAAAAUCAUAAUAUCCUUUUAAAAUAUGAAGUCGUGAUUAUGAUGCUCGUCAUAUUCAAGAUCUUUGCUGUCAGAAUGUAUAAAGUUCAGCAUUGAUUGACGGCUAUAUUAACACUAACCCCAUUGGACAGUCAAUGUGCUGAUCAUUCUGGAAUUUUUAUUGAAUAUGUGAUCAUUUCAAUGUUUAUGAAACCACAAAUAUGCUUUAAGUGCACUACAUUUUGAUAAGACAGGAUGUAGCCAUCUUGUCAUUCUUGAAUAAAGAAAAAUGUUGGUUCAGCAGUCGUUCGCUGAACUGUAAAUGGUGAAUGUUGGGCUUCAGAAUUAUCUCCCAGUUGACAAAUAUCAUUUCAGAGGCUGUCCUUGACCUAUAUACAUAUUCAUAUAUGUGUACAUGUGUAUAUUAUAUAGAAACUGGGGGAAUAAAUACAAUAAAUUAACCGCACUUUUGUCAUUACAGAAUUUUCUAGAACCACAUAUACUUUAAUAAACAGUUAUUGUGAAGGAAAAAAUGCUAA